UCUUCAGGGACUCGUCGCUGUGUUCUUCAAUCCCUGUGGCUCGGUCUUUCGACCCAUUUUAUUGCCAGUGUGUUUCUAACUGCGGCACAGGUUGGCCUUGGCUUCCGUUGAGACAGUCUGCGGCUCCUCUGCAGAAUGACCAUGGACAAGCCCUGGGUGCUGUGGGGUACCGUGGAGAGGUGGCUGCGGGCCGUGGCCGCGUGGUCGUGGGGCUUGUGCCGCAUCUCGCUGCUGCCGCUGAUCGUGACAUUCCACUUGCACGGCGGCGCCCUGCUGCUGCUGCUCAUCGGUGCCUCGGUGGCUGGCAUCCUCUACAAGUUCCAGGACGUGCUGCUUUACUUCCCCGAGCAGCCUCCCUCCUCGCGCCUCUACGUGCCCACACCCACCGGGGUGCCCCACGAGAGUCUCUUUGUCCGCACCAAGGACGGCGUGCGCCUGCACCUCCUCCUGCUACGCUACACAGGCGACGGCGCGCCCCACUCGCCCACCGUCAUCUACUUUCACGGUAACGCGGGCAACGUGGGCCACCGGCUGCCCAACGCUCUGCUCAUGCUGGUCAAUCUCAAGGUCAACCUGCUGCUGGUCGACUACCGGGGCUACGGCAAGAGCGAGGGCGAGGCCAGCGAGGAGGGCCUCUACCUGGACUCCGAGGCCGUGCUGGACUACGUGAUGACACGGCCCGACCUGGACAAGACCAAGAUCAUCCUCUUCGGCCGCUCGCUGGGUGGCGCUGUGGCCAUCCACCUAGCCUCGGAGAACGCACACCGCAUCUCUGCCGUCAUGGUGGAGAACACCUUUCUCAGCAUCCCGCACAUGGCCAGCACCUUGUUCUCCUUCUUCCCGCUGCGCUACCUGCCACUGUGGUGCUACAAGAACAAGUUCCUGUCUUACCGCAAGGUCGCCCAGUGCCGGAUGCCUUCGCUCUUUAUCUCGGGCCUCUCCGACCAGCUUAUCCCUCCUGUCAUGAUGAAGCAGCUCUAUGAGCUCUCACCAUCCCGGACUAAGCGCCUGGCCAUCUUCCCCGAUGGGACGCACAACGACACGUGGCAGUGUCAGGGUUACUUUGCCGCGCUUGAGCAGUUCCUCCGAGAAGUCCUCAAGAGUCACUCUCCCGAGGAGCUGGCCAAGCCACCAGCCAACGUGACCAUCAUCUGAGCAUUUGCUCUCCCUUCCUCACUCCGCACUGCCCUCGCCCUGGUGUCGUGGGGGUGUGAAAAGGGAGUUCCCGCUUACAUCUCUACUGAUCCGGACAGAGAGGGACAUUCGGACUGGGGAAGGCCUCCUCCAUUCCUCUGCAAUGAUCCAAAUCAUUUUUCUGCAGAACUUUCUUUUCUUGGGAUGAUUUCACGCCUUUUCACCAAGCCUUUAGGUGUGUUUCUGUCUCCUUAUCUCUUUCGUUGAAUAUGGCUGUGUCAGCGCAUAUUAUAUCCGAGUGUUUCUUUUGGCUGUGGUUGGUUUCAUCUCUUUGACCCUUUGGAUGAGUGGCUGGGUUUGGAAGGCAACUUGGAAACAAGAAACUUUGGGUUCUUAUUUCUUUCAUAAACAUGAGGACAAUCAUGGUUAGCCAAACUUAGUUGUGUAACUGCAUUUUUCACCUUAAAAUUUUAAAUGAAAUGCAUGAUGGUAUUUUAUUCUUCUUGAAUUAUGCAAUGCAAUGUUUUUAAUGUAAAUAGCACUGGUCACUGACCUCUGUAACAUGGUUACCUGAGUUAUUAUCUAAUUUUUAUGUCGACUUUAUUUUGUUUUGGCAAGAAGUGACAUUGAGGCCUGUGUGCGCGUUGCCAUUGAUCUUUGCUUUGGUGAAUGCUGAGAUCCAGCUCAUCUACAACUAAAGGGGACCCCGUUUUCCGCUCUAAGCAUACUACAUUUUGUCAGGUACAGGCUGGAUCAUGGCACGCACACUAAGACAUUUAGAAUUUUAUUGCUGCUUUAACGUGUACAUUUGGACUUUUUAAUCAUUUGUCAUUUUGGUGACAGAGAAUUUUCGCUUCUUUCAGUUUUGUUUAGGUCUCCAGCCAACCCAUUCGUAGCACUUCUAGUGAAGAUGAGUGGGCACUUGCCUAAGAAUUAGGGUAUCUGCUCAGAACCUGAUUGCCCAUACUGUCCUACACAGAUUCCCUCGCUUGGAUUUUUAAGUCCCCGUAUUUAGGUCUCUCUGAAUCACUGAAGCCAAGACACAUUUAUUGGAUUUCCUGAAAAUAAAAGUUACAAAAACAAAAGGAAAAAAGGAACUAUGUUCUUUGGUUUAAUGUCUUAGUUGUUGUGAAUUAGAAUUCCUAUGUCAAAAAAGACUCUAUUAGGAAGUGGGUACUUAUUUUCUAUAGGUUAGGACAGGGGGUAAAAGAACUUUCGAGCAUUUUGUUGCAGUACCUAAUUGUCACUUCUAUCGGCUGGAAGUGGGCAGUAAUAUUCAGAAGCUGAGAAAAGUAGGAAAAGCCUAAGCUGGCCAGAGAAAGGGCCUCUUUAAAACUUGCAGGGUUUUACCUGAAAAGAUAUCCAUAAGCCACGAGGCAAAAUUGUGCGAAACCAUCUUUACCUGUCCUCUAAAGGUAGAUGUAAUUGAGCUUUCUUUAUACCAUACCUUGUUCAGUCAGCUUAUAAUAUUUGGGAUAUUUUAGCAAUAUUUACUAGCUUUGUAUAAACGGUUAGAGCAGAAAAAAAUAGGUCAGUAAAUAUGACCUUAAUUUCAAGAAGACCUUUCCACGAAGAUAGGGCUAGAACAUACUUUUGCCAAAUACCAUUGUCACUGUUCACUUUAUGUCAGUAUUUAGAAAAAAUAUAGCAGGAAUGAUUUCUAAAAGAGACUUUUCCUAUAAAUUAUUGUAAAAAAUUGGUUUAAAAAAAGAUAGGUAAUGUAUAUCAUGAAGGGUGUAUUUUGUAUGUAUUCAUCUUCAAAUUAAAGGCUACUUUUCAACAUAGAGUCGUAAGCGGUAUGUACUUUUUCAGAGGUACUGCAGGCCGAAGUAGCGUUAUUUCCAAAGGAGCCCCAGACCCUUCGCAGUAUUGUGUUCUCGAGUCCACCCAGCAUCUCCCUCCCCCUUUCCACAGACAGACUUGCACUAUGGAGCAAUCCUUUAGCGAUACAUGCCAUGGUGGUGACAUCAAAGGUUUUAAUCCAUCAAAUGUUUUGGUCUUUAUUUAUUUUUUAACUUUAAACUCCAGUUUUAUAUGUAUUUUCCCCUUCCACUCAGAAGCUGUCGGAAACUUGUGCCCUGCCCCCCCCCCCCCCAGUUACCCUCAUCUACAGAAGAGGGAUGGCUUGCCGCGCUCUCUCUUAACUCCUCCUACAUUUGAAACCAUUUCCUGACAUGAGCAGGUGAUAGAAAAAUCAGCAUUUUUUUAAAACUCGGGUCCACAAAGAACACACCAUCAUUUUUUCCGAAGCCUGUUUAUUUUGUGGCCAUCGAGUGGGUCCCUAAUCGUGAAUUCGUCUUGUGCCGCUGCUUCGUCUUGGGCCGGUUUUUGUCACGGACUAAAGGACAUUCUUUUCUGGUUCCUUAGCACAAGAGCACGCAGAGGUGUCUAUGAAUGAGCUUCUUUAGGCUAUAAAUUGAGACUGACGUUUGGAAAUCCUCGAGUGAUAUCAAAUAUAACCACGCCUAUCAAAAGCCAUUACUUUAAAGGGGAUCCCGGGAGGAAAGUGGCAAUAACAGACUGUCAAGAAAGGGUUAUUGGGGUAAAUAGUUUAUUUUUUCAUAGCAAAUAUUAGUAAGAACGCAUGGUGGAGAAAGGAAACGGGACCAUUCAAUGUUCUGGGAAAUAUCCAUGAAAUUGGACGUUGCUUAUGAAGCCAACUUUAGUACUUGGCAUGAUAGCUAUCCUGUGUUUUGACACAGACUUACACUGUAAAAUUUGAUAUUUUUAUUAAAACAGCGUUCUGGGUUUUGUCACAAAGCAGCAUAUGUGUAUUUUUUCAUAAUGAUCCGUAGACAUUUGAUAAUGAUACAAGCUCCAGAUUUGGUAACUGUCAUGGUUGGUAACAUUAUAAUCAAUACUUAUUGUGAAACUUCUUGUUGGAAAUCCAUGCCACGCGAUGCUUUCGUAUUUGUCCCUUGUGUUUGUGAGAUUUGGUUUGAGGCGAACAUAGGCUUUCUUGGUGGAAUUGAAACCUGAUGCUAUAUUCAAUUAGAUCAGUUAUCUGGCAAGUUCUGCUGAAGCUUAGCUGAUAAGAGUGUGAGGGAGUCCCUCGAGGCUAGGGGACUAUUAAAGUGAACCUUUGAAAAUGAUGUUAUGUCAUUUUUUUUAAAUUAGGCCAAAACUGAGGAAAUGUUUCGCUGACCUUUCCUCGGCUCCCUUUUUCUAUUACGUUGGACAGCAUUUGUGAAAAUAAAACUGUGAAAAAAUGAGCGAUAAUGCUUUUAAAUUAUCCACUUAAAGUUACUUAUUUUCAUGUCACUCAGGUAAAGUUGGAAAUGACAGAGCACAGACAUCUAUUUUUUAAAUGAAUAGGGAAAAAAAAAGAAAAGUACUUCUGUUUAUUUAUAAUGCCAUAGAUGCAUAUAUCUUAGCAAAUCAGAAAUAAUAUAUUCAUUUGUAUGGCAAAAUAAAUGCAUUCAUCCUAGUGGUAGUCAACACGUUUUGCCAAAUGGCACAAAUAUACCUCCAUUUAUAUUUUGUAUCUUUAAAAAUGUAGUUUUAAAAAUAGAAAUCUGUAUGAGACACUUUUUUACAAAAAGUGCCAUAUAUACAUACGUAACAGGGAAGAGUGAGUGUUCAGCGUAAUUGAUAACAAUUUGUCAGUACAGCAUAUACUGAAAAUUUCAAUUGUUUUCAACAGAUUUAAGUAUGUUCCAGAUAAGUUAACCCAAUUUCAUACUGUAAAUCAUAUUUUUGUUAUUUGCCAUAUUUUAUUUGACGCAUAAUAGAAUUUUAUAAUUCAGAUUUGAAUGUUACAUUAUGACUAGCCAUCGCAAGCAAACAUUGACUUUUUUUUUACAGUACAUUUCUUUAAAAAUAUACUUUCUAUUUUUCUGUACUGGCAUAUGCAAUAAAUUGAUACAUUAAAGGUUUGAUUAAUGUCUUAA